AUGCGCAACCCCUUUGAUCUCGAUGAAAGCAGCGUCGAUGGCGAUUCAGAGGCCGAUCGUGACUUUGAGGACCGAAUUCCACAUCCCAUCCAAACCAAUGAUGGAGACCGCUCUUUGCUUCAGGACGAGGAACGACGCGGGGAUGAUCUGAAAGAGCGUUUCAUCGGUACAAUUGAUCAGGGUACAACGAGUACUCGCUUUAUUAUCUUUGAUUGUACGGGUGUCCCCAUUGCCAAGUACCAGACUGAAUUCCGACAGCUUCAUGAUCACCCAGGAUGGCACGAACAAGACCCAUACGAAUUGGUGGAGUCUGUCUACAUUUGUAUUGAAGAGACUAUGAAAUCAUUCCUCGCCCUGGGUCACUCCAGAUCUGAUGUAGAGGCUAUCGGUAUCACCAGUCAACGAGAAACUGCCCUAGUUUGGGACUGGGAGACUGGUGAGCCAUUGCAUAAUGCCAUCACUUGGACUGAUACGAGAACUAUGAACCUUGUGCGUGAGCUUAAGGAAAAGCCCGGUGCCGAUGACCUCGUCAAUAUCUGCGGUUUGCCACUCUCCACAUACCCCUCCUCUGUUACGCUGCGGUGGAUGUUAGACAACCUCCCAAAUGUCCGUGCGGCCUAUGACGAGGGCCGUGCUGCCUUUGGCACUGUCGACUCUUGGCUCAUUUACAACCUCAACGGGGGUCUUCAAAAUAAGCGUCUGGUUACAGAUGUCACCAACGCCUCACGCACAAUGUUUAUGAAUCUGGAAACUCUCAAGUACGACGACAGACUCUUGAAGUUCUUCGAUAUUGACCCGAAGAAGAUCCGUCUCCCCGAGAUUCUCCCCUCGGCUGAUAAAGAGGGCUUUGGUGAGAUUUGCGAGGGUCCCUUGGCGGGAACUCGGAUCACCAGCUGCCUCGGCGACCAAGCAGCCGCUCUGGUGGGCCACUGCGCUUUUACCCCGGGAAGUGCCAAAAACACUUACGGCACAGGCUGCUUCCUUUUGUAUAAUGUGGGUGAAAAACCAGUAAUUUCCAAGCACGGUCUGCUCGGCACAGUCGGCUUCCAACUGGGUCGGGAUAGGAAGCCUAUGUAUGCCUUGGAGGGUAGUGUUGCAGUAGCGGGAAGCGGCAUCUCAUUCCUGAUGAACAAUAUGGGCUUUUUCCGUGACUCGCGCAAGGUCAGUGAUCUGGCCGCCACAGUGCCAGACUCCGGAGGCUGUGUUUUCGUCACUGCGUUCAGUGGUCUCUUUGCACCCUACUGGAUUGAUGACGCUCAAGGAACCGUCUGGGGUAUUACCCACCACACACAGCGAGGGCAUAUUGCCCGCGCAACUCUAGAGGCAGCUUGUUUCCAGACGAAAGCUAUCCUCGAUGCCAUGGAGAUGGAUAGUGGCAAGAAGCUUACAGAACUGGCCGUGGAUGGUGGAAUGAGCAACUCCGACAUUUGCAUGCAGACCCAAGCCGACCUCAUCCAGAUCCCCAUCGAGCGCCCCGCAAUGCACGAAACCACCGCCCUCGGCGCCGCGAUCGCCGCAGCCUUCGCCAUAGACGUGUGGAAAGACUUCUCUGAUCUCAAGUAUAUGAACCGAGCCAACCGAGCAACGUUCAACCCAAAAGUUGGUCCGAAGAAAAGCGCUCGCAUGUACAAAAAGUGGUCGAAGGCUGUAGAGAUGUCUCGAGGCUGGACGGCUAGCAAGGAGGAAGAAUCAGAAGAUGAAGAGUAA